ACUGUAUUUCAAGCUUAUCUUAUCUCUUUAGUUUUACGAACGCGCGUUUAAAUCGACACGCGAGUGAAUAAAGAGUGAAUAGGCUGGUCGUUGCGCGGAAGUCGUCGUCGUCCUCAUCGUCGUCGUCGUCGUCGUCGUCGUCGUUGUCGUUGUCGUCGUUGUUGUUGUUGUCGUUGUCAUCGUUGUCAUCAUUGUCAUCGUCGUUGUCAUCAUCGUCGUCGCCGUCGUCGCCGUCGUCGCCGUCGUCGCCGUCGUCGCCGUCGUCGCCGUCAUUGUCAUUAUCGCAUCAUCAUUACAUUGUCAUAACUGUUGUUGUCACUAUCACAGUAUCAUCGAUACUCGUACGAACGUGUGGAUGUUACUAUCAUUAUUAUUAUCAUUGUUGUCAUCAUUGUCAUAGUUAGUAUCAUCAUUAUUACCCGUAUCGUUCGACAUCGCCGAUACAUUGAUCAAAUCUCCAGACUAGAAAUCCGGAGUAAACAUGUCGACAUUGACAUCGUUUGUGACUUGAUCGCGACAAGCGCAGUGACGAAUUUCCGUUAGAAUACUCCGAUGACGUCAGCUGUGUUACGAUAUGAUGGAGUCCAUCAGAAAAUGGUUUUACAGGCCUAAGAGAGAUGAUACAAGUUUAUUGGCUCAAUUCUUUUACGCCGACGAAUCUCUGAAUGCAGUCGCCUGCGAAUUGGACUCCUUCGAUGGCCGACAAGAACCAGAGAGAUGCACGACAUUGGUGAAUCAAUUACGGCACUGUCAGGAUAAAGUGUUGACAAUUUGCAAUCAAAUAAUGGAUGACCUGAUCCCCGAAAAUCGAGCCAAUCGGGAUUUUAGAGUGAAAUUUCCUGAUGACGUGAUGCAGGAAAAUCUGGCUGGACAACUUUGGUUCGGCGCAGAAUGUUUGGCAGCUGGUUCUUCGAUUAUGAAUCGAGAAGCCGAGAGCUCGGCCAUGAGGCCGUUAGCAAAAGCUCUUACUAAAUCGCUGGAGAUUGUUAGAAAUUUGCUGAGAGAGCACGCCCUCAAAGGUCAUAUGAAUUUAAAGGCGCAAAAUCCUCUCGAUCCAUCUUUGGAAAAGCUUAUCGAAUCAUUGAAGAUCUUCGAUCGAUUGUUCGCCGAUUUUGAACUAUGCUAUGUUGGCGCUAUGGUACCAGUAAAAUCGACAAAGGAAUACGAGCAACAGGAGCUUGUGUGUGUAUUAUUUUCUGAGACUUUACAGCGAGCGCUUGAACGUGGACUGUUGAACCAGGCAGACGUAGAUAAUUAUGAACCGGCUUUAAUGUUCACUAUUCCUCGUUUGGCUAUUGUUUCGGGACUUCUGGCACCGUCUGGAGGACCAUUGUGUCUCAAUUCUCCUGAUACUAUAAGCGAGAUGUUUAGACCAUUUAGAACUCUUCUUCUCAAGAUAAGAGAGCUGUUGUGGACAUUGAAUAACUAUGAGUUAUAUAUGUUAGAAAAAUUAUUAUGUUCAAACGAAGAACCAUCAGGUUCAAUCACGCAGUCAACGAAGUCAGUAUGUCAGGACAUACCGGAUUUGGAAGAAUAUGUUCAUAAUUUUUAUACUGGUUAUCCAAAUUGCAAAGAAUUUAUUAUUGAUUUUUAUACUGUGACAAGAAAUAUGGGUAAUAACAUGGAUGAAGUAGCGAAUGACGCAAUUCAGUUGUUGGACGAAGGUAAUAGAAAUGAUCAGUUACCGAUUAAAAAUGAAGACAGAGAUGGAUGUAAAAAGAAGGGAAACAAUGUGGGAAUUGAAAGCGAAGAUUUAAAUAUAAUCUCGGACGGAUAUGAUAGUAACGUAAUACAUGACAACAGUGAAAAAAUGCAACAAAAUGAUGGGGAAAGUAUUGAAUGUAUACAAUGUGAACAAAAGUUAUAUAAUGCUUCAUGUGACAUUAGACAGUUUCUUCACGACUGUGAUUCUAAUGACGGGAACAACACCAGCGAGAGUUCUGACUUGAUGAUACAGAACGUUACAACAUUAGAUGUCGUAGCGGGAACCAGUGUUUUAAAUACUGAAGACAUAUGGAAUGAGGAAAGCUUCAUUCCUGAUUUAAGUCUAAUAUUUGAGGAAUGCUCUGAAAACAUAGAGAUUUUACAGACUCAGUAUUUACUUAAUCAAAUUGUUCGCGAAAAUACUGUUGAUGAUGACAUUGCGCACAUAUCGGAAAAUACUUUACCCGAUUUAGACUCCAAGAAACUUAUUUCGGAAGCAAAUAAAACACUUUCAAAUCUUUUACUAGACUCUAGUGAAUGCCAGAAUGAGAUGUCAGAACAAACGGAUUCUGGUAUAUGUACAGUAAUAUCGUCCGAAAAUACCAGUUUGUAUGAUAAAAGUCCAGAAGAAAAAAAAACUUUUGCUAAUGAGAUUCAAGAGGGAUGCAGCGUAUCGGAUGAAGAAGAUACACAAGAAAACACUAGCUACUCUUGCUCUAAUAUAAACUCACCGAAGAGAAAAGAUACUGCCAUUUCAGCGAAUUCAUGUAUUUGCGGUACAAAGAAUAGCAAGUUGUCUAUUUUGGAUCAUUCCAUCGAAGUAUCUGAUUUAUACUCAAACGGAGACAGAGAAUCUGUUGGAAAAAACAUUGUACAAAUUUCGUCGAACUUUGAUGGGACUAAUGAAGAAUUCAUCGGCAUUGCAUAUGGUAACGGUCAAUUGACUCUCUGUGAUUCUAAUCAAUCCUCCUUUCAAAUAAAUUACUCUGAAAAUUGGGAAAAUCUAAAUUUAAAUAUAGACGCAUCGAGUUCCAAGAAUGAGUUUUGGAGUGACUUGAAAUAUGAGAAUUGCCCAUCUACUUCUCGAAGUAUCGAAAAAAUGGAUAAUAAGAUUGGAAAAUACACACAGAAUAAAACCAUGAUGAAAAAAAUAAGAAAUGAGAAGCAACGACGGCGAUAUCAACACAAACUGAGUCGAAACACGCACAAAGCUCACGAUAAAUCGAUAGAGAAAAGAUUGCAUGUUAUGCGGUCGACUACAAGUACCGAGAGUUCCAGAUCGAAUUCCAUAGAUCGAUGUUUAAAUACUCGAUUAACUGGCUUUGGCGCUAGCUUACAUCUUGGCCAAAGUAUUAGACAAAUGCCGAAUUUCAGUAGUCGCAGUCCUCACAUAAGUCCACGACUUCAUCACUUUCAACAAUGUUGUUGCAAUCUUGAUACACAUUGCAUAAAUUCUUGUCGACAUUCAUCGCAAAGCAAAAAAUUACUGGAUCACAGAAGAUCCAAGUAUGAGCAGAUCGCCAGAAUGAAAAAAAGAGAUGUCGAGAAGAAGAAAAGAUAUGAUCGAGAUAAAUAUGUGCGUUUAGAACAUAGUAAAAAAAAAUCUGGAAAUAGAAGUAAUCUAAUGAAUGACGGAUUGGGACCGAGAACAGAUAAGAGUGGUUUGGUGACUGAAGUCGCAACUAUGCCGCAAAAUGUAGUUUAUCAUGAAUAUCAAAAUUUGAAAGACAAUAAUACACAUAAAUCUGUACGAGCGAUGAGAUUAGUGAACGCAUCGACAGUAUCCGGCAUAUCGUAUUUUAAUUCCCGUCAAUCUUUAAAUUAUAAAUCCGAUAUAACGUCGAAUUCUAGUUGUUCAAGUUGUUGUGAUUCAAGUUCAGAGACCAGCGAGUUUCAUAGCGAUUGUCAAGACGAUGAGGAAAUCGCAUUGGCUAUGCAAGCUGCUGAAAUUGCAAACAGAAAUCAGAUCAGAGCCAAAUUUCGAUCCUCAGAAGAUCUUGUCCAUCGUCUUUUUGUUUGCAUAGCAGGCGUGGCAGAUCAAUUGCAAACCAAUUUUGCAUCGGAUUUGCGGAAUAUUUUGAAAUGCGUUUUUCUUAUGAAUAGUAGUCAAGCAGCAGAGGACACCGAAGGAUCAAAGAAUCAGAAUUUAGCUUCCAUAAUAAAUACACCAACAAAUAUGGUGGAAACAGAAAAUAUUUAUGAGCGGCAAGAAGCAUUACCAGAAUAUGAAGAUGUGGAGGAAACUGCUGUGAUACAAGAUCGAAUUUUUCCUGUCACAGAAAGGGGAGAAGAAUGUGUUGAGAGAGCACCUGCUUGGGUGCCAGAUAAUGAUGCGCCGAGAUGUAUGGCUUGCCAGGCGGGAUUUACGGUUGUGCGACGAAGACAUCAUUGCCGAAACUGUGGUAAAGUGUUCUGUGGUCGUUGCAGUAACAACAACGUUCCACUGCCUCAUUUUGGGCAUAUAAAGCCCGUGAGGGUGUGCAACAGGUGUUUUCUGUACCAAGUAACGCCUUUUACAGUGUCCCAAGUUACAUCCACUAGAUGAACUUUUCUGAAUGGCUCAUAAAUCAAUUAUUUUUCGAUUAUUGAAUUCCUUAUGCGAUACAUCUCGUUUUCAAUAUAAGAUAUUUAUGCAAAUCUAAAAUAAAUAUUUUUGUAACAGGAA